AAAAGUAGACGGAGGCAGAGGCAGUGACUGAGGCAGGCACAGUGAGCAGCAUACAGAUCAGGGAAACUCACUCGCCACUUUGUGCACUGAUGUCUGGGGAAGCUUCCUGUCUUCAGGAAUGGUGAGGCUUUUGCGGACCAAUGGAAGAGCGGCAGUGAGGAUGCAACUGUGAUCCAGGAAAAAACAAGCCAUUGUUUCUGGGACGUUGAAGAAGUGUGACGUCCCUCCUGCCGGCUCUGCGUGCUCGGCCCAACGGUCCACUGAAGGAGCUGGGAACCCCAUUGACACGACAGAUACUCCCGUGAGAAUGAGUGGGGUGGUCAAUAUAAAGUCAGGACCCCGUGGGCCUUCCUCUUCAGGAAUCCCCCUCCCCACCAGCCUGCUCCCCUCUUCUCCAAAAGCAGAUCCCCGUCGGCGGGGCUCUGACCUGCCCAAGCCCUUAACACAGACCCCUAAACACACACCCACACACACACCCUCCCACUCUCCGUUACUCUGCACGCGAAACUCUGGCAUACCCGGGUCUUCCUCCAGGAACCACCUGAGGGAUGGCAGUCUGAAAAGUCAACUCUUCCAGCGGACAGGAGCUCUCCCCGUUCCUCAGGUAUCACGCUCUGCCUAUAGCAGUCCCCUGACCCAGCGCCGAGUCCCAACACCGCACUCAAAAGACACACUGGACCUGAGAAAACCUAUGCCAGCUCACACCCCGUCAGAGUUCACACAUGACGGGAAUCGCAACAGAGGUGUUUUCACCAAUAAGAACCAAGCAUGGGGUGCCAGCGGCCUGCGUCCACCACUGCUCCUCAGAGACAACUCCAACACGGCAGUGCAGGAAGAUAGGCAGGCCGUGCCUGCAAGGAUGGAGGAGCCUCCAGAAAAACAUCUACCUCAGUCCGAUAUGGGGAACAACGAUAACGUUCGUCUUGCUGUGGCUCAGUCAAGCUACAAGCAUGCCAUCAAAGGCCACAGUGACUCUGCCAGUCAGUCAGACGAGGAGAUGGAGUCCCCCGAGGACAGCAGUCCAGCGUCUCCUCCUGAUCUUCUGCUCCUGCCAUUCCACACAUUCAACUCGCCACCAAAGUCCAUUGCUGAAACACAAGAUCACAACAAAGACACGCACACCCCGAAAGUCAACAUGGCUACUGUCGCACCCUUCAGCUACAGGCUGCCUCUACAGGGGAGUGACUUUAUCGUGGACGAGCUGAGCGACUGUUCAUCCGGAUCCAUAGAAGUGUGCUGUGAUGACCUAGCCCCAGGAGGGAUGCUGGAGGCUAAUGUGGCUAACAUUAGCAUGACAGCUAAGCCCAGAGAGCUGGACCUAAGGUCUGCAGCUGUCUCUUGCCAGGACACUUCAGCCCAGGCCAUGGCCUCUAGGAAGCCACAGGCCAAGCCCUCUGCUCUGCCUCAGGUACCGUCACGUCCCUCUGGGUCGGAGCUCAAGGUGUACCGGCCCACCUCUGGAUCUAUUCCCAUUCCGGUCCCCAAUCCCUCCAUGCUCCGCAAGCAACGAUCCCUUAACAACUUGUGUGUACUCACUGAUGCAGAGAAGAAGCUGCACCUGUACCAGUCUCCCCAAUGGAACGAGGACACUAACCGGCCCGGAGCGGGGACCAACAAAGCGGGCCAGACUAAGACGGGUCAAGCAGGUAGUGGGAAGCAGCCGCUUUCCCGGACCCUGUCAAAGUCAGAACAAUCUCUGUUUCAGGGGAAGCCCAAAUCAUACGGCUCCUCGGCUGUGUUGUCAAAUGUAGGCAAACCGAGUCGAAUUCCAGCACCUGGUAAACCUCGGGGACCUUACGCUGAAGUUAAGCCUAUCAGCAAGACCUCUGAAGGGGGGAAAAGUUCAAACAUAGACCCUGCUGAUCACCCUUCUAAAGCUAACUUCACUGGAGCUGGGAGUACUGGAACUAAUGGCAAGAAAUCAGGGGAGAAAGUGCGAUCCGGAGCACAGCCAACAGAAGAGAAGAGAGACAAGAAAGAGACAGAAGGAGAAGAUGAUAAGGGCUUCCUAAAGGUGGACCCGGAGUUAGUUGUGACAGUUCUGGGAGACCUGGAACAGCUGCUCUUCAGUAAAAUGCUGGAUCCAGAAUCCCAGAGGAAAAGAACGGUGCAAAAUGUUCUGGACCUUCGACAGAACCUGGAGGAAACCAUGACCAGCCUUAGAGGAGUACAGCUCAGCCACAGCUGUGUGGAGGGGACCAUGUGCUACGACAGCGAUGAAGCUGCUGCAUUCUCAAUUACCAGUCUGUCAAAUCGGUCCUCUCCACUCUCCUGGCGGCAGGGUCAAGCGAGCCCCCGUCUGCAGGCUGGUGACGCUCCGUCCACAGGAGGUAAUGCACCUUCAGAUGUUCCCCUCCGGAUCAGCCACAACUCACGCAUUCACCUCAUCAAAGACCUGGCUGAUGCCGAUCCAUCGCUCCUGAAGGGAGAUUACCUCAGAGACAGUGACCUCGGUGUGAAGAUUGCAAAGGAUGAUGAGGAUGAGGAGGAUGAGGAUGACGAUGAUGAUGAUGAUGAUGAUAUUGAUGACAUUGAUGAUCUGGAGAAUGGUUGGGACGAGAGCAGCUCCAUCAGCAGUGGACUGAGUGACGGUUCAGACAACCUGAGCUCUGAAGAGUUCAUCACAAGUCCCACACUCAACUCCCUCCCUAGCACUCCCAUUGGCUCCCGCAGGAACUCAACCACUGUGAUGCGCACCGAUGCAGAGAAGAGAUGUCUCGUGGAGAGCGGUCUGUCUUGGGACUCGGACGACAACAAGCCCAGGCGCAAAAGCCAAGGCAGCAGUGCCUAUGACACAGGAAGUCUGAAGUCUGAUUCUGCCAAUAAAUGGAAAAAGACCCGAACCCAGGGGGAUGGGCUGGAAGCAGGGAAAGGGGAACUAAAGAAACCGCAGACCCUGGGUCAAGGAAACGUGUUGAAGAAAGGAAGAAACCCACCUGUGGGAGUCACGUCCCCGAUCACGCACACCUCUCAGAGCGGACUCAGAGUCGCUGGUACUGUGAAGUCAGAUGGGAAGCCCAUGGAUAAGUCUAGGUUAGCGGUGAAGACUUCAGGACUUCAGCGCUCCUCCUCCGAUGCUGGGAAAGACCAUCGAAAUGGCACCGGAGCUGGUGAGCAGCGGAAGCCCCCGUCGGGCCUGGCCCGGCCGUCAAACGGUGGAAGCUUCGGCUUUAAGAAGCACACCACAGCUACCAGCAAUGGCACAAACAAUGCCAGUACGCCCGCUGUUCUAAACACGAGUGUCAGCUCCGCACCCAGUGGCUCUGCCCCCGGGGGGAAAAUUCCCAAAACAUCUGGUAUUCCUGUCAAGCCCGGCGCGGGCAGCGGAGGACGUAAGACGAGUUUGGAUGUGUCAAACGCUGAUACAAGCGGCUUCCUGGCUCCAAAUGCCAGGACGUCUCUCCAGUACCGCUCUUUGCCUCGUCCGGCAAAAACAAGCACCCUGACACUAACCCGGCCGAGCUCUGCUCGACCAGUCAGCACCACCAUGGACGCAGGAUCUGGGCUUACCAAACUUUCCACCACAUCGCUGCAGGGCUCCCGGCUCAAAGACCCCUCCUCGGGCCUAGGUACUGGAAUAGGGUCCAUUAAGUCAGGGGGGCGUGGGAUCCCGAGCCCCGGUCCUGUCAACCAAACUGACAGAGAGAAGGAGAAAGAGAGAGCCAAAGCUAAAGUUGUAGUUUCUGACUCUGAGUUUGGAUGUAGCUCUCUGAAGGGCAGCCCGGCUCAGACCCCCUCUGAGAAUGUAGGGAAGCUUCAUGGCCUCAGACCUCCCAGUAGCAGUAAGAGCAUAGAUCUGCCAUCACCCAGCAUGCACAGGUUAUCUGGGGCACGGAGUCUGGCAAAGCCUCCAUCCAUGGCCCAUCUGGACAAGCUGAAUUCUAACAGCCUGGACGUGGAGGUUCAGGAUGCCCUGCCGCCGAAGAUCACCCCCUAUUCCAAGCUCCAAGACCUCUCUGGUUCCUCCACCAGUCCCUGCCUGACCCCCAGUCCUGCUCCAUUACUCAACGUGAACUCCUCAGCCUGCUUUUCUAGCGCCGCCAUUGGACUGGGUCCUAGGCAAGUCACUUCCCUUGGAGUUGAGGGGAGGGAAGGGAGCACGUCUCCCCUGCUGUACCCGCGCAUGUCUGGGCUGCAUCGGAGUAUGGAGUCUCUGCCGCUCCAGAUGAGUCUGGCCCCGGAGCCUCAAGAGAGAGACAAGGAUAGGGGGAGGGAGACAUUGGUUAGAGGCUACACGACCUUAGAGUCCCGAGACAAAGGCAGAGAGGAGGACAGAAGCUCUCCCUCCAGCUGGAGCUCUGGAACUAAAGUCCCAUCGACCCUCAGUGACAGUUCGCAGAGAGACAGAAACACACUGCCGAAGAAAGGUUUAAGUUUCAAUGGUGCAUGCCACGUUGAGGAGGAAGGGAAGGAGAAAGGAGAAAGGAGGCACUCUCAUACUGUCCUCAGUAUGUCUGAUUCUCUCACUCUUCCAUUGCUGUCUUCACCCACCUCGCUGCCCCGCACCUCUAAAACCAGUAUGGUUCCCAGCCCGGUCGGCGGACCUCCGAGGAUGAUUCGGUCCAACAGCAUUCCAACACAAGACGCCUCCAUGGAGCUGUACGGGGUGUCGCCGCUGGGAAGCACACUGUCUCUGGCCGAACGUCCACGCAGCAUGGGGAUGGUUCGGUCCGGAUCCUUCAGGGACAGGGAGUCCAAUGAUGAAGACAUUAACUCGCCAGUCCAUGGGUCUGUGCUCUCGCUGGCGUCCAACGCCUCAUCAAACUACUCUUCGGCUGAGGAAAAGAUUCAGGGAGAGCAAAUCCGCAAGCUGAGGAGAGAGUUGGAAUCAUCGCAGGAGAAGGUGUCUAAUCUCACCACACAGCUGACUGCAAACGCAAACCUGGUGGCCGCCUUCGAGCAAAGCUUGACGCUGAUGACAACUCGGCUGCAAAGUUUGUCAAUAAGCCAUGAACAGAAGGACUCUGAAUUGACGGAAUUGCGGGACACCAUCGACACUCUGAAGGCCAAGAAUGCAGAAGCACAUGAUGUCAUACAUGGGGCCUUAAACAACCCAGAUAACAUGAAAGACAUGCGUAUUCGACGUCAGAACUCGUGCGAGAGCAUCUCCAGUCUGAACAGCUUGACUAGUAUGUCGAGUGUGGGCAGCUUGAAGGAUCAAGAGGCCAAGAAGAAGAAAAAGAAAAGCUGGCUGAGGAGCUCCUUUAACAAGGCUUUCAGCAUUAAGAAAGGCCCCAAAACCUACUCGGACAUCGAGGAAAUCACCACCCCAGACUCCUCAGCUCCCAACUCUCCGAAGAUGGCUCAUGAAGGGGGCGAGGCAGGCGAGAACCCACCCUCAACCCUCCAAACCUCUGCUGCCAUGUCUUCGGUGAUCAUGGAAACGGCAGAGGAGGGAGACGGCAGCGAGACGGCGGUAUCAGACCUACGCUCAGAGCUCUGGGAGAAAGAGAGGGAACUGACAGACAUCCGACUAGAGGCCUUAAGCUCUGCACAUCAGCUGGAGCAGCUCCGAGAAGCCAUGAACAACAUGGAGUCAACAGUGGAGAACCUGAAGGUGGAAAACGACCACUUGAAAACAGGAAGUCAGCCGCAUCCCCUCGGCGCGGGACCCACCUCCUCCACCUCGCAGCCCUCAGGCCUCGCCUCUCUGCUGGGGCCCUCGCUGAAGCAACCAAUGAGCAUGUCCCUCACUAAGUCUUUCAGCCUGAGUCUGAGUGAAUGUAAAGAUCCAGAGGUGACUCCCGGUGAUUUUCCAAGCUUGUCUUCUCAACAAGAAGAACAAUGUGUAAAAGUGUUUGUCCAUAUUGGAGAUCAAUUAGAGGACAGCAAACAGCAGCAGGAGUUCUACCUGGCCUCGGUGUCGGUCGGCACAAAGACUGACUGGACCUCUCUCGACUCACUCAUCUCCAAGAUCUUCAGAGACUAUUUAAGUCAGGUGGACCCAACAGCCAGCCUGGGUCUGACUGGUGACUCCCUGCAUACGUACCAGUUUACUCACGGAGGGCAGCGGGUGAUCGGAGGAGACCGACCCCAGGCCUCACCUUAUCAAUGUCUUGGCAACGGUCCUGCUAAAAUUUCUGUCACUUUGAAAGGUCUCAGAGAAAAAUGUGUUGACUCACUGGUGUUUGAGACUCUGAUUCCUAAGCCCAUGAUGCUGCACUACAUCAGCCUGCUGUUGAAACACAGACGCCUGGUUCUGUCUGGCCCCAGCGGCACCGGAAAGACGUAUCUGGCCCAGCAUCUGGCCCGCCAUCUCCUGCAGCGCAGUCGGGCGGACUCGUCAGAUCUGGACCAUGAGCCAUGCAUCCCGCAUCGCAGCACUGCUGUCACCUUCAACAUGCACCGGCAGUCACAGAAGGAUUUGCAGUUGUACCUGUCGGAUCUGGCAAACCAGAUUGAUAGAGAGAGCGGAGAAGAGGUGCCGCUGGUCGUUAUUAUAGAUGACAUUAGUGAUUCGGCAGCCAUCACAGAGCUUGUAAACGGAGCGCUCACCUGCAAGUAUCACAAAUGUCCGUACAUCAUCGGAACAACCAAUCAGCCUGUGAAGAUGAAUUCCAACCAUGGCCUCCACAUCAGCUUCAGAAUGGUGAUGUUUUCCAACAAUGUGGAACCGGCAAACGGGUUCCUGCUAAGGUACCUUCACCGUAAAGCUGUGGAGGCCUACCAGGACGAGGAGCAGGAUGCUGGACGGCGCCAGGCUCUUCUCCAUGUUCUCGACUGGAUCCCUCAGCUCUGGUACCACCUGCACACUUUCCUGGAGAAACACAGCACAUCAGACUUCCUCAUAGGUCCCUGCUUCUUCCUGUCGUGCCCAGUCUCAGUGGCGGAGUUCAGGCAGUGGUUCAUCGACCUGUGGAACCACUCCAUCAUACCUUACCUCCAGGAGGGAGCCAAAGACGGCAUCAAGGUGCAUGGUCAUAAGGCAGUAUGGGAGGAUCCGGUGGAGUGGGUCAGAGGAACCCUUCCCUGGCCCAAUGCACAGCAAGACCAGUCGAAGCUCUUUCACCUACCUCCUCCCAGUAUAGGCCCACCCGGUGAGGAGAAGAAGCCCCCCAAAGAUACUCCUCCCCCCAGCACACUGGAGUCAGAUCCACUGAUGGCCAUGCUGCUGAAGCUCCAAGAGUCGGCCAACUACAUCGAGUCUCCAGAGAGGGAAGGCAGUCUGGAUCCCACUUUGCAGGCCACACUCUGAGCCGACCGGCAAUAAAGCUUAGGAACUACAGACUACAUUUCUGGCUGAUGUGAAAUGAGAAUUUUAAGGACUCGGUCUUGAGCUUUAUCGUGUGCUCAGUGAGCAGUUUCAAAGCUAAAUGUAAAGAGAGUGAUUAUGGGCAUAUAGUUUGCUUUGCCCUGCUAUCACAACGUUGGAAAGACAAUUAAACUGCUUUCAUAGGAAGCUGUGAUGAUCACGUCAGGGGACGACAUGGACUCGUCCCUCCUUUUGCCUCAGUUUGUCCCAGAUGGAUUGUUAAAUCUGCAAGUGCAUGGUAACAAGGAUACUUCAAUGCAAAAAUAUUACCUAUAAUCUUGUUGAUCAAGACCCAUUUAUUCUUUUUAUGUUGUUUUUGUUUUGACUGCCACGAGCUUCACAACUACUGGUGCUCACAGGUUCUCUUUGAAGGCACAUGCUUCAUUUCAAAGUAGGACAUCACUCGAUAACAGCCAAAAUGCACUUUAUUUUCUACUUGUAAUAAUUGGAUUUCAUUGUGCUGUGUCGGUGACUGUGUGUGGAUAGACUGGGGGACUGUCGGUUGGGCCUAAAGGUGCAGUUCAUGAGUAAAUCCUGCAGAUGGCAGUGUUCACUGGCUUCUGUCUUAGGUCUCUACUUCUGUGCUUUCUGUCUGCAAAAGGUGCUCAGCAGAAUACAACAUAUUCAAACACAAGAUUACGAACAUGGUUUGUUUUCUUUUAUUAUUCCUGCUCAGUCAUUAUGCUGUUUAAUGACUCAAAUAUCAGAACUGUGAAGCUGUAAGCGGAUCAUGCAUGGGUGAUUAUUGGAAUUAAUCAGUUUCAGGGUGAAUCUGUGAAGAAAAUAUUGUCGUCUAUGGACUCAGUUAAGCACGACGAUGAUCUCAUGACCACAGAAACUGCUUGUUGAUCAAGUGUACCAUUUCUGGCUAUGCUUACAUGCAGUAUAUUCUGUAUUUAGAUCACUUUUAAAACACAACCUUUUCUUGUAAAAGCUGAAGAUGCAGGUGUAAAGUCUUGAUUUUAUAGGAUUUGGUAUUCGCUGCAUCUGCUUUAUGAACAAAAUUCGAAGCCUGAGAACAGUUGACAGAACUCUCGGUUCAUUUUUUUACAGAUAAAAGGAAGUGAAAACGUGAAAUAAGAAACAUUUUCCUUCCUCUUUUUUUUUUUUUACAUCUUGUGAAAAUGUAAUUCAAAUUUUAAAUGAUUUUCCUUCUCGUAAAUUGUUUUAAAUUAGGAUGAGGAGGCUAAGAUUGAAUCAAAUUUUGCUUGCUCCUAUUUCUAUCCUUUAAUUAAUUUGCACAUGUGAUUUAUUGGAAAGUUGUAGAUUGCAGUAUUUAUUGCUCACAUCUUGACUGUUAUAUUAUGACAGAAGAAAGUUCUGAUAGAGGAUGAAGCUGUUGGGAGAGAACCUCCAUGCCCCUGAAGUACCUCAGACUGCCAUAUUCUGUCCAGAUGUUCCAGUGCUUUCCUUUGAAAACGCUGGUGUAAAGCAGAGACAUGAUGCCUAAGUUUAUCUGUGCCUGAAACACAGCUUGGCCUAAAGCGGCUUUUGAGCUGCUCGGAUCUACUACACGGAGGCCUCGAUUUCGAGGAAAUACGGUAACUUCCUACUCUGAUGUCACUUUAAUGUUGUCACCUUGUUGCCCAUAUUUUGGGUGCGGAGUGGGUUGUCGGUAUGGACCUUUAGCAGGUAGAUAAGCUGUUACUAAAAAUGACGUGUCAGAUAAUCCUGCAGUGAAUGGGAAUACGUAUCAUGACUGGGCUGCUUGUGUGGAAAUUGACACAUUUUUAAACAGAAGCAUUACCUGCGUCAUUGAGAAAUUGCCUGAAAGUGGCAAGCAGUGUAAUAACGGAUUUCAGCUUUGGGAUGUAAUAUCAGUACAUGGCUCCCUGGUGUGAUUCAAAAGUUAUUUUGUUAGGUUUUUUUUUCAUUGGACCUACCAUGCUUAAACCUUAUCAAAGGAGAGAUUUUUAAUACCUGGUUAUCUUCCUCUGUUCACAUCGUUUUUAAGAACUUAAUUUUUUUUUCUUAUGCAAAUAUUUGUACAUUUUUCUCUCUCUUUUGUACAUGGCAUCACUAUUGUAAACAUUGUAAAUAGUCACUGCAUCUGCGACAACAAUCACUAGAACUGAGAUCUAUGAGAAGUGUGGCUCCUGUAUGCAGAAAAUGGGCGACCUUUAUGGUUUUAAUGUCUUCCUCCAAUAGGAAGGAGCACUUGGCUUGAAAGAGGGUUUAAUAAUGGUUGUAUGGCAUGUCUCAAUAACCACAUCAAAUCCCAUAUGUCUAACGUAGAGCAAUGUACUUAAUAAAGACAUGCCAUUCUUCACACCACUACCUGUCGUGUUGUAUGUUUGUAUACUUCUGUCCACUGGGGGGCGCUGCAGACUAUUUUUUUGUCAAUGCUGUGUUCUAUCCAGUCACCAUUUCCCCGGAUGACAAUUUAUG